AUGCAAUCAACAAUAACAAGCACUACUUCAUUAACACCUUAGCAGAUAUUAAACUAAAUUAUAAAGCCUGAAUAUAUAAAAUAUUACAGUGAUUGGAUUCAUACUGCAAAUGAAAAAGAGGCAAGAGGAUUACAACUUUUAGGUGCUAUUUAUAAGCAUAAAGGAAGUAAAAAAUUUAGAGCAAAACCUCCAAGUGUUCAACUAUAACAGCUUCAUGCCCAAUAAGAAUUCGACUUCCAAAAGGCAGAAGAAAUGUAUAGAAAAAGUCAAAUAACAAGUAGCUAUGGUCAAGAAUUUGGUUAUUUGUAAAAGGAUUUAAAACCAACCUAAAAUGUCUUUAAAUAUAAAAAAUGUUCUGAUUUACCAUUUGCAAAGCCUUUGAGUGAUUUAGCAAAAUUAUUUAUUGACAAUUGGAUUGAAUUAAAUGAUGAAUUAGAAUUUUAAGAGCUUGUUCUAGCCUGUUUACGUUCUCUCCAUUCGAGAUGCAUAGCUCAAGAAGUUCCUAAAACUGAAAUGAAAACUAAGUAUGAAUGGAAGGAAGAUUGGAAUUUAUCUAAGCCUAUCAGAAUCGAUAAGGCUGGUAGUGAUCUUAAAGCCUAUAAAACAAAUUACAAUGCAAUAUUCAAAUAAAGACUAAAAUAAGAACACAUAAACGAAUAACUUAAAUAAUUAGAUAACUCAGAUUUUGCAAAGUAGCUUAAAAUAUUCAAGCCUUUUAAGAUUAAUUGA